AUGGAAAUAUUAGAAGAUUCUGGCAACGCGACAGAUUCUGCUGGAAACGAUUCAGAUGCGUGCUAUGUUCAGAGUCUCGAUCGACGAUGGUACUUAGUGGCGGUUGCUGGAACAUCGCUUUCAGUUAUCUCCAUUUUCACUAACAUCGUUAUUGCGAAGGUUCUAUUUUCAUCGAAACAUGCUCACUUCUACUUUCUUGCUCUUCUUGCCAUUUCAGAUGCUUUCCUUUCUUUAAACUAUGGUCCUGUCAUUGCAAUGGAAAUCAUAAAUGAUAGACUUCAAUUACGAUGGCUUAAUGAUCUCUAUCUCGUCUAUGUCGGACCACUGUUGGCAUUAUGUCAAACUUCUAUGACAUUCUCAACUUAUUUGAUUAUCCUGGCGACAAUUGAGCGAUUUCUGAUCACACAACGAUCAAAAUGUCUCGGAGCAUUCAGAAGAUGUCGACGAAUUUCUGCGUUUCUUGUGUUUGUAUUAUCGCUUCUUCUUCGUGGACCGAUUCUUUUCGAGAUGGUGAUUGUGCAACGACCGGAAUGUGAAGGCAGGUUCAAUGAGUACUAUCCGAUGCUCGACAAAAUCGUCGAGACUUUCUGGUACGGAACAAUUUAUCGAUUUUAUAUAAGAAAUAUAAUGACAGUCAUGGUGCCGUUCGUGAGUCUCGCAAUUCUCAAUUAUAAAAUUGUAAAAACCCUUCGAAUGCAACAAAGAUCCGCUCAAAUGUUUCGACUGCUUUCUAGUGACCAUAAGUCCAAGAUCAGAUCGGCCACAUUACUCAUGGUGUUUGUCGUGUGCUCCUAUUUGACGGCGAAUAUUCUGAAUGUAAUGAUCACACUGUGGGAGUACGUGUCAUUCGAUUCGACCCAAGACACCUAUUUUGAUAUUUAUGAAACUUGCGCCGAUGUCGUUUCAGUGCUUUACAUUUUCGUAUGCGCCACACGCCUAUUCGUCUAUUAUUUGUGCAAUCAGGAAAUUCGCGAUGCAAUUAAACAUUUGGUUUGUCAUUCGGCAACGCCGCCAAGAAAACAGGAAUAUGUGACGGUCACGAGAUGCUUUGAUUCAUCUCGUCAAAUUGGUACUGAAAUUGAUGCAGUAGCAAUUGCAAUCGCCCGCCGACUCAUGUCGAAUGAUCUGAUUUGCUCAUCGAAACCAACCGAGACUCUUGUCAUCAGCAAUGAUCAUGCCGAAGAUCCCGAUUGCGAGUAUGAAGAUGAAGAAGAAGUUCCUCAUAUGGUUUAA